AUGCGCCAGGCACACCUCGGUGGUCCUGUCGGCGAAAAGAUAACUAGAGCUCUCUCGCAAGAAGACAGCGUUCUUGAUGAAGAUUGUCUAACUAUCAAUAUCUGGACGAAACCCCAGGAGGGGGAGAAGAAGAAAGCUGUACUGUUCUGGAUCUAUGGUGGAGGUUUCUCAAUUGGUAGUGCCUCAAGUCCCGUCUACGACGGCUCCAUCCUCGCAGACGAGAACGAUGUGGUAGUCGUCUCGUUCAAUUAUCGUCUCAACAUAUUUGGAUUCUCCGGAGCGCCUGGCCAACCCUGGAACGUGGGAUUGCUGGAUCAGCGACUUGCCCUGGAAUGGACGAGAGAUAACAUCGAACGCUUUGGAGGCGACCCAACUCGAAUUACAGUCUUUGGACAGUCCGCUGGCGGCCUAUCAACAGACUUUCUGGCAUACAGCUAUCCCAAAGACCCUAUCGCACACGGCUUGAUCGCACACUCUGGUGCUGCCAGUUCAUCGCUUUCAGCAUCGGCUGGCACCGCUGAUAUCCGCGAAGCUUGGUUCAAUGUGUCCACCACUCUCGGAUGCGGUGGCUCAGAGGCCGGCGAAGAUACGGUGUCAUGCAUGCGAUCGAAGAGUCAGGAAGACCUCUUAACAGCCAUCGAGUCAAUUGGCAGCCAAGGCCUAGUAGGCGGCUUCCUCCCUGUCGGCGACGGCGAGGUCGUCCCCAAUGAUAUCGCAGCCGAAGGCAAAGCCGGGAACUUUGCUCGGAUUCCUUUCAUGACAGGGAACACCGACAACGAGGCCGGGUUCUUCCUCAUCACGGCGCUAGCGUACUCCAACCUCACGGCAGAACAGGUCGCCGCGCUUCCUAUGAACAUCCUCCAGCCUCUAGGUGAUAUUCUCACACUGGCGGGCUUCACGUGUCCUGCGGCCGAGGCUGCUGGGUAUCGAAAACAGCACGACGUCCCUGUCUGGCGAUAUAGGUAUUAUGGAGGGAACUAUAGCAACACGUAUAUCGUUCCUGUGGGGUCCGCGUAUCAUACCUCGGAUCUUCUUCCGCUUUUUGGGACGGCUCCUGCUGUUACCGGGGUCGAUGACACAGAUUAUGAAGCUAAGGCGGCAGCUUAUAUGCGGGAUGCGUGGGCGACGUUUGCAAAGAAUCCGAAAGAUGGACUAGCCUCCAGUCAAUUCAAGUGGCCGAAAUUUAACGCGUUGACCCGAUCGCAGGCUCGAUUGUCUUACGGCAAGCAGACGGAGGCAAGCUUUAUCUUCAACGUACAGACAGACAAGUUUUGUUCGAUUCUGAAAUUAUAUGAGGGGAUCACUGCGGAUCUGACGAAAUUGCUCUCUCGAUUGGGAGGAUCUGGAGGAGGAAGACUGGGACAAAAGUUAAGAGACAUCUUCCGUGAGCCCUUGGAUACAGAGACUUCCUUCAAGAAGGCACUCGAUCAACUGAGGGCGGUGGCUUGA